GGUCCUUUUUCACGGUUAGGGUCGGAGGAAAACCUAAUUCGUCCGGAGCAUCUCUACCUCUCUCUCGCCAAACCCAUCUCUGUUGUAGCUUGUGAUGGAUCCAGCACAGAACACAAGUGCAGGGAUUGGUGGGAGUGGGAGCAAUGGUACAAUUAGAUAUCAAACCAAUGAUGGGACUUCAACUGUUGCUGAUGAUUCAAAGGAGAAUCUGAGCCAAGUCAUAAACUCUAUUGAGAAAACUUUGGGAGUCCUUCAUCAGUUACACCUUACCGUCACUUCUUUCACACCCGCGUCUCAGCUCCAUCUCCUCCAGCGCCUUAACUCUCUUGUGAUGGAGCUUGAUAACAUGACUAAGUUGUCUGAGAAAUGCAACAUUCAAGUCCCCAUGGAAGUUCUUAACUUGAUUGAUGAUGGGAAAAACCCGGAUGAGUUUACGAAAGAUGUUCUUAAUAGCUGCAUAGCUAGAAAUCAAGUUACAAAGGGCAAGACUGAUGCUUUUAAGGAUUUGAGAAAACAUAUUCUGGAAGAGCUUGAACAGACUUUUCCUGAUGAAGUCGAUAUGUAUAGAGAAAUCCGUGCUAGUUCUGCCGCUGAAGCGAAACGGCUGGCGCAAUCGCAAAGUGUGUUACCAAAUGGGGAUGCAAAGAUGAGCGACGUAUUUGAAGGGUACGAGCGCCAAUACUGCGAGCUCUCAACCAAUCUCUCCAGAAAAUGUCACUCUGCAUCGGUUCUCUCCGACGGAGAAGAUAAGAAGGGGAAGAUUGCUGAGAUAAAAUCUGGAAUAGACGAAGCUGAUGUCUUGAUCCGGAAAAUGGAUCUUGAGGCUAGAAGUUUGCAGCCGAGUGCUAAAGCUGUGUGUCUUUCUAAACUAAGAGAGUAUAAAUCUGAUCUAAACCAAUUGAAGAAGGAAUUCAAACGAGUCUCUUCUGCAGAUGCUAAGCAGUCUUCCCGUGAAGAAUUGAUGGAAUCCGGGAUGGCGGAUCUGCAUGCAGUAUCUGCUGAUCAAAGAGGAAGAUUGGCAAUGUCAGUGGAGAGGCUUGACCAAUCCAGCGACCGAAUCAGGGAGAGUAGAAGACUAAUGCUGGAGACAGAAGAGGUUGGCAUCUCAAUUGUCCAAGAUUUGAGUCAGCAACGACAAACCCUCCUUCAUGCGCACAACAAGCUUCAUGGUGUGGAUGACGCCAUUGACAAGAGCAAGAAGGUGUUGACGGCUAUGUCAAGAAGAAUGACAAGGAACAAGUGGAUUGUUACUUCGGUAAUUGUGGCUCUCAUUCUCGCCAUCAUUUUGAUCAUCUCAUACAAGCUUUCUCAUUAAUAUACUCAAAAAAACAUAAUUCAUCGU